UAAAAACGUCCUCAAGGCUUCGAACCUGGGACCUAGAGAAGUCACGUGUGUUUACUGUUGUCACUGAGUCACUGAGGUGUGGUCCCGAGAACUGAACCCGCCUCCUGCUGGUCCUGGUCCAGCCGGAGGAACCCGCCUCCUGCUGUCAAGAAGGGAAACGAGCGGCUCCAGCACAGAUCUAACGGGACGUGAGGACGUUUUCCAUCCAGGACGCUGCCGAGUUGAUCAUGGCUUCACGUUGUGGUUUGAAGCUGGCUCAUGGGUGAAGUUCUGACUCAUGGGUUGGUACCGAUGGAGUCGGGCUUCAUGAGGUUUGAUUUAUAACGGUCACAUUGAACGGUUCUGUCUGCACUCGUGCUGUGUUCUAGUGAUGGUUUGACUUCGAUGCAUCUCGCAUCCUGCUCCGUCCUGACUCUGAGGCAACUGGACCAGGGGCAGCUGGGCAGGACAGAGCCCGGCGCUGGUGACUCCGCGGUGGACCGGGCUGGACUCGACUCGGUGUCGGAGCUCCGACGCGUGACGAAGGCGGUUUGCUGCUGUGUUGGUGGUCUCAGCGUCGUCCUGCUGCUCCCAGACCAGCAUCAUUGUAAACAGCUGAUCCAGUUACUCUUCUAAUAUUACACCCUCGUUUCACAGAGUGAUUCCCUGAAACCACCAGCGUCAUCCGAGUCCAGUCCUUCAGUACCACGCUGACCUUGCGGUGUUUCCUACGUUUGAGCGUCUGAGGCCUCUGACGCGUCUUUCCCUGCGUCUCUGCUUCCGCUUUGAGUCCUCAGAGAAACUCCUGAUCAUCUGUGUUCAGGAGCGCUUCCAUUGUUGCUGUGGGUUCUGGUUCUGGUUCUGCUGAGCUGUAGGCGUGGGGCUGGGAUGUUUGAUUCCUGUUGUUCCGUGCUGGAGCCUUUAUGUGGCCUGACUGAUGGUGAUGUUAUGAUUUUCCAGGCUCGGGUUCUCCAGCGUUACGUAACGGGCGGAGCGGGUUGGUGCUGUGGUUUCUGGAGGCAGCGCUUAUAUAAACAAGAAGGCUGCUCACGUUUUCUGACUGGCUUUAGGUUGAUCAUCCAGCUGUGUGAGUCCGUGCAGGGACAGAGCAACAGGAUGCGUCCGAGGCGUUUGCUUCCAACGCGGCUCUCAGGAAAUCUGCGCCGCGCUCGCUGCUGUUCGGAACCAGGGCGGGAGGUUCCUGCACCGGCGGCCGCAUGUAGUGGCAGCUUGGCCUGAAGCCCACAGUCCUGAUGGGACCGAGUGUCUCCUUAAAAUCGCUUGAGCCAGAUGUUUCCAAUGAGAGCUGGAACAUCUUCACGGCUCAAACCACAUUUUUUUCUGACUCCAAACUUUCCGAAACGUGCUGCAGCUGUUUGUGGUAAAAGGGAAUCAGAAUUAGCAUCAUUUCAGUCUGAGAGGAGGCGAAGGAGCAGAACAACAGGCUGAAGGACGGCUGCCGAGUCCUGCUCUGUCCGUCAUCCGGCCUAAAACAGCGAGCAGCUCCUCUGUCAGGAUGAAACAGUGGAUGCGUUACACGACAGAGACUUAAAUCAGCAGAAUUCCUGCCGGCUGCGCUUUGGUCUUUGUCGGUAUUGGAGGUGUUUGUUCAACGCGAGUUCAGCUGCUCUGUCAGAUCAGGAUCAUUUUUUCAGCUCUAAAAUUACAACGGACCACAAACACAACCAUCCAAUUCUCUGUCCACCUCAGCGAGUUCGCUGUCAGAGCCUUGACAUUCCUGAAGCUGGAGCUUCAUGUGCUCUCAAGUAAACAGGACUCCGGUCUAGAAACGUUCCAACACUGCAGGUGGAGAAACGGGAGGCGAAGUGUCCACACUCACAGGAGGGUUAGAAUCCCUUCAGGACCAGUAAAUGAACCUGUAUCUGCAUCUUUUUGUUCAGUGACCUAAAGCUCCUGUGUUCACCAGUCCAGUUUGAGAAGACCACCACCACAGCCUGGCUUCCUGGCGGGUCUCUGGCUGGUCCCCGAAAACCCGGGAGCAGGACGUCAUACUGCUUCUUUCACUGGGAGUAAAGCUUCUGGAUGUAUAAGCGUCUCCAGUGGAGGAAGCAGCUGCAGCAGCCACACCGAGCCCAACGCUCGACCCCACCCGUCUGCCCACAGCGCCAAGACAAGGACCCCAGUCAGCCAGGACCGGAAGCAGAGCCCAGCCCAGGCCCGCUUCCUCUGCAGGAGAGAAAGUGGCUGAUCAGCUCCCGCUUCACUGCCUUCCCAUGGGAAGAUGAGCCGGUGAGAGAGAGGGCGAGCGACCUUGGCAAACAGAGAGGGGGAGAGAGAGGCAGCAGCUGGAGAGACGGCGGUUCAGCAGUGAAGAGCAAGGAGGCGGCCGGACGGACGGAGCAUGAAGGAGCCGCGGAACCUCUGAGGACAAACAGAAGUUCAGGCUUUGACGGUAACAAUGGGAAACACAGACAGUCACAGCAGCUUCGUAUCUGCGGCCAAACCCACCCGCUCGCUCAGGUUCUCCUCCAGGAGGGAGGAGGUUCCGUCGGCCCGCGGCUGGUGGAGGAGCAGCCAGGGCUCCUGCAGGAGGAGCCGGCAGAACCAGCACACGUCCUGGGUGGGACCCAAGGGGUCCGGGCCCAGUCCGGGGCCCAGUCCGGGGCCCUGCAGCUCCGUGGAGAGCGGCGGCAGCCCCAAGGUGCUGUUCAGAGAUGGCAGCAUGCGGGUGGAGUUCACCGUGGGCCGGGCCGGCGCCGUGGAGCCCGACGGGAGAACGGGCCUCCCUGCUGCACCGGCCGCAGACGCCUCCGCCCGCACCAGCAAGGGCAACUCGCUCAGCUCCGACGGCUCCUGGUACGACUCGCCCUGGGGGCCGGAUCCGGCCGCCGGCGCGCCCGGCUCGCCCCCGGGGGAAAGCAUCUCCCCCGGGUUCAGCUCCAACCUGCUCCUCCCGCCGGCCGAGGCCAACGAGUUCACCUCCACCUCCUCCGGCCGCACCGACGACAGCGGCAUCGGGGACUCGGUGGUCCUGCAGCCGGACCUCAGCGACUUCGGCCUGUUUUCAUCCUGCGCCGCGUCCCUGGACAGCGUGUGCUCCACUCACAGUGCGCUGCCCGGCUUCCCCACGCCCCCCGACGCCGCCUCGGCGCUGCUGGAUGAUGUCAUCCAGGAGGAGGCCGCAGGUCCGGAGCAGAGCUACUCGUCCCUCACGCUGCCGAGUCGCAGGCCCGAGUCCGGCCCUGCAGGUGGGAUCGGCCGCAAAGACUUCCUGAAGAACCGGAUCAGACGACUGAGCGACUGGACGGGAAGUCUGAGCCGGAAGAAGAGGAGGAUCCAGGAGCCGAGCAGCAGCCAACCCGCUGACACCUCCUCCAGCUCCUUGUGGUCCUCCAACCCCCUCCUGAACCAGAACCCGUUCCCCCCAGUUCAGAACAUCUACCACAACUUCAUGCAGGAGCUGGAGACGGGCUGCAGCAGCGCCGCCGAGCGGACGGAGCCGUCGGAGGAUGAGGAGGAGGAAGAAGCGGGGCAGCUGGACGUGCUGUUCCAGCAGGAGCAGGGGGCGGUGCGACGGGCCGGGUGGCUCUGCUUCAAAGCCCUCCUCGCCCUCAGCAAAGACAGGAAGCUGGAGCCGGCCGCCCGCCGCAGGUGGAGGCGCUACUGGGUCACUCUGAAAGGCUGCACGCUGCUGUUCUAUGAGACCUACGGGAGGAACGGCAGCUGGGAGCAGGAGCUGUGCCCUCGUCACGCCCUGCCGGCCAGCGACGCCCUGGUCCAGGCCGUCCCCGAGCACCCCAAGAAGGAGCACGUCUUCUGUCUGAGCAACCUGCACGGAGACGUCUACCUGCUGCAGGCCACCAGCCAGACAGACCUGGAGAACUGGGUGACGGCCAUCCACUCGGCCAGCGCCUCCCUGCUGGCCAAGCGCCUGGGGGGCGGGGACACGCUGCGCCUCCUCCGCGGCCAGACCCGCUCGCUGCUGCACAGGAUCGACCUGGACGGGAAGAUGAAGAAGAUGGCGGAGCUGCAGCUGUCAGUCAUCAGGGAGCCGAAGAGCAGGAAGGCGGUGGAGGGCCAGAUCCAGCAGUGGGAGCAGAACCUGGAGAAGCUGAACCUGGACCUGUUCAGACUCAGGUGCUAUCUGUCCAGUCUGCAGGGCGGCGAGCUCCCAAACCCCAAGAGCCUCCUGGCCGUGGCCAGCCGGGCCUCCAAGAGCCUGCUGGGGCGCCUGGGGCUGUUCUCGGCGUCGUCCCUCCACGCGCUGGUGUGCAGCCGCGACGAGGGGCCGCUGAGGCCAGGAGGCGGCGGCAGGAGGAGGAGGCUCCCGCCUCUGAAGGCUGUGGACGGGCCCAACAGGAGCAGCAGGAAGGACGGGCGCUGGGGAUGUGAGACGCUGGGUGACGCGUUGGCGCCCUCUGCAGGCUGCGUUGCACCUCUGCGGGCCGUUGAACAGCUGCAGGUUCCAAACGUUGGUGUUUUCACUCUGCACAUCUGUCGACUCGACGCUGCCGAGGACUUUGGUUUCGCCGUGACGGGUCAUGUGGACGGAGCCAGAAGGAGUCACGUCUACGUCAGCGAGGUCGACCCGCUGGGCCGGUCCGCCUGCGAAGGCCUCAGGGCGGGGGAUGAGGUCCUGGCUGUGAACGGGGCCAGUGUGUCCACACUGGACCUGGACCUGCUGCAGAGUCUCUUCAGUCACCAGAACCUUCAGCUGCUGCUGAGGAGAGACGAGGCGCCUGAAGGCCCCUCGGACCCCCCGGCGCCUCUGGACCCCCUGACCGGCGCCUCAGAGUCGUCUCCAGACGAUGGCCCGUCUCCUGCUUUUGAUGACGCACCGUGUGACCCUCAGAACAUGGAGCGGGUCUACUCGCGGUACCAGACGUUCCCAGAAGGCCGAGCGGUGGAGGUGGAUGUGCCGAAGAACCCCUACAGCCGAGAGCUGGUCCUGCAGCCGGGGACCCCCACCCACCUGAGCACGUGUCAGCGCCUGCGUAAAGUCAUCCAGGAGCUGGUGGACACGGAGAAGUCCUAUGUCAAGGACCUGGUCUCUCUGUUCGACAUCUACCUGACUCCGCUGCAGACGGAGACGCUGCUCAGUAAAGACGAGAUGGAGGCUCUGUUCGGCAGCCUGCCCGAGAUGCUGGACUUCCAAAGAGUCUUUCUUCAAACGCUGGAGGAGCGCAUCGCGUCAUGUCCCAACUUCAGCCACCUGGAAACGGCCCAGCAGUUCAAGAAGCUGCUCUGCUCGUUGGGAGGCUCCUUUCUUUACUACGCCGACCACUUCAAGCUUUACAGCGGCUUCUGUGCCAACCACAUUAAGGUCCAGAAGGUUCUGGAGAGAGCGAAGACAGACGGAGCCUUCAAAGACUUCCUGGACAGGAGCAAUCCAACCAAUCAGCACUCGUCCUCUCUGGAGUCGUACCUGAUCAAACCGGUUCAGAGAGUGCUGAAGUACCCGCUGCUGCUCCGAGAGCUGGUUUCCCUGACUGACCCGGAGAGUCCAGAACACACACACCUGACGGAGGCUCUGCGAGCGAUGGAGACGGUGGCGAGUCACAUUAACGACAUGCAGAAGAUCUACGAGGACUACGGCUCCGUGUUCGACCAGCUGGCUGCAGAGCAGAGCGGCGCCGGCAGACGGGUCACAGACAUCUCUAUGGCGGAGUUCCUGGUCCACGCGUCGGUGCUGUGGUUGAACCCUCUGCCCUGUGUGGGACGACUGAGGAAGGAGCCCGAGCUCACGCUGUUUGUGUUUAAACGCGCCGUCAUCCUGGUUUGUCGCGACAGCAGCAAGAAGAGGAGGACGGGACAGACGAGCUCCCGUUCAGCUGACCUGGACCCCUUCAGGUUCCGCUGGUUAAUCCCAGUGUCAGCAGUUCAGGUCAGACCGGCCAACGUGACAGGCUCAGAGAACCCGUGUGUGUGGGAGCUGGUCCACAGCAGGUCGGAGGUCGAGGGCCGACCGGAGACGGUGUUCCAGCUCUGCAGCAGUGGCCUGGAGGCGAAGGCGGCCGUGCUGCACGCUCUGAGCUGCCUCCUCAGAGACCGAGCUCCCUCCAACUCCCUGAGGAGGAGGAGGAGGAGGAGGAGGAGCCGCCCACCGGAGCAGAGCCAGGGGCCCGACGGCGUCAUCCCGGGAGACACCUGCUCGGAGCCGCUGCCGCCCAGCCGGACCGGCGCCACCGCAGGGGGCCGGACCCGGCUCUGCUCCCUGACCAGCGAGCUGGAGGCCCAGCUGCAGCGGCUCCGCUUCGUGGAGGCCGGCGCCGGGAGCCAGGAGACGAGGCCAGGAGACGUGCAGGAGCUGGAGAGAGACUUCAGCGUCCAGAGCAUGGCCUCCAUGGUGAACGAGGACUGUUUCUACGAGUCGGUGGGAAGUCGCACAGAUGCUGCAGAUGCACAGGAACGAGGACUGCUCCACGACAUCAUGGCCUGAAGCUGCAGAACCGAACAAAUAGAGACAUCGCAACAAACCAAACACCUCUGCAGUGAAACUGAACUCAGUACAUAAAGUCUGAAAAUGCCAUUUGAACUGUUCCAUCUUCAGACAAGCUGAGAGGCCGUUCUGACGUGACGUGAAUAUUUGUCCUGUACAGUUGUUUGUAGUUAGUUCAGACCAAAGCAGGUGAAGCUGCUGGAUGAACCCGUGGUUGAAUAUAUUUAUACUUUUGCUCCUUGAUGUAGGAAGACGACGUUACUUUUAGGAGCUGAUGAAGUAACAGGUAAUUUAUUUUCAUAAUGAUGCUGUUCACCACUAUUAAAUGGCCGAGCGUUAA